AUGACCCAGGAGGACCAGUCAUCUGAUGCUGUUCCUCCAAGGUGUGGAGUGCCAAGCAAGUUCCCCUUGGUUUACUCCAGCACAGGGACCCUCAGCAUUGUUGGCUGGGAACUGGCAGAAUGGGUGGAGAUGAGUGGACACCCUGGGGCAGGGACGGAGGAUUCAUCUGCAGCCCAAGAUACUGAACUGAGGGGGACUGAGACACUGUGGCAAGAGUACACAGGGUUCAGGCUGGUGAACGGCAGCACAGCGUGUGCGGGGAAGGUGGAGGUCCAGGUGCUGGGGACCUGGGGGACCCUCUGUGCCUCCCGCUGGGAUCUCUCGGAUGCCCACGUUCUCUGUCAUCAACUCAACUGUGGGUUUGCUGAGGCCAUUCCUGGAGGAGAGCAUUUUGGGAGAGAGACUGGCCCUGUCUGGAGAGACUCCUUCCACUGUGACGGCACUGAAGCCCACCUGGCACAGUGCCCAGUGAUCACCCUGGGGGCCUCACCAUGCUCCCACGGGAACACUGCUGCUGUCAUUUGCUCAGGGCACGAGGCCAACCUGGCCCUCUGCAACACCUCCCUGCCUGAGAGUGCACUGGCAGCAGGGGUUGCGGAAGAUGUGGGAGUCAUUUGCUGGGGGAGCCGGCGGGUCCGGCUGGUGAACGGGACUGGGCACUGUGCUGGGAGAGUGGAGCUGUACUACCAGGGCACCUGGGCUGUGUGUGACGAUGGCUGGGACCUGUCUGAUGCCGCCGUCGUUUGCCACCAGCUGGGCUGUGGAGGGGCGGUGCAGGCGGCUGGCUCUGCUCGGUUUGGGGAAGGCUCCGGCCAGAUCUGGCUGGAUGGCGUGAACUGCUCUGCCGAAGCUGCUCUCUGGGACUGCCCUGCUGGGCCCUGGGGGCAGCAUGACUGCAGGCACAAAGAGGACGCGGGAGUCAUCUGCUCAGAGUUUGUGGCCCUGAGGCUGGAGAACAACGACGGCUGCUCCGGGCGCCUGCAGGUUUUCUACAACGGGACAUGGGGGAGCAUUUGCUCCAACUCGAUGACUCUUGACACGGUGUCGCUGGCAUGCAAGGAGCUGGGCUGCGGGGAUGGAGGAUCCCUGGAAACACGCCUGCCCUAUGGCAGGGUGUCUGGCCCUGCCUGGCUGGAUAACGUGCAGUGUGGGGAGAAAACCAGCUCCUUCUGGCAGUGUCCCUCCACUCCCUGGAACCCGCAGUCAUGUGAAGACCUGCGAGAUGAGAUCCACAUCACCUGCAAUGGUAACCUGGGCACCACUGUCACCCCAGCUGCUGCUCCCUGGGGGACGCCCAGAAAUGCCCCCGACCCCGUUGGCCCCGUGCCCCAACUCCACGAGCUGCACAGGCUCCAGGAGAGCUCAGGAGCUCUUCCCGAGGCCGUGUACGAGGAGAUCGGUUACAGCCCAGCAUGGGAGAAGCAGGCGAGGUUUGGUCGCUCAGGCUCUUCUUCAGAGGAGUCCCUGAGCCAGCUGCAGCCCUCCCCUGGGCUCAGCAAGGACGAGGAUGGUCUGGCAUCAGCAGCAGAUGUUCUUGUCCUGGCCGCAGGUGAGCCAGCAGAUGGCUAUGAUGAUGCCAGGGAGGUUUCUGACCCUGGGGAGGACGCUGCCCCUGAGCAGGGCGAGUGGGAAAUGUCCAGGGUGCCAGAGGAGGGAGCAGGGCCCAGGGAUGCACCCAGAGAUUUCUUCUUAUUAAAAGUCUCUGAGGGCUUUGACCCACAGCUGGUGCUUGCCUGCCCAGGUUUUGGGGUGUCUCCCUGA